AUGCUUGUUGCGAACUACACAGCUGCACACCUUGGCCUAGGGCAAGACCUGUGGAACGUUCCGCCCGAUGACAUCGAUAUCGUUUUGAAGAACUUCUUCAUCGGCGAAUUCUUGUACAUCUUUAUCUCGGUCUUGACGAAAUUGGCCGUCUUGUCAUUCUACUUGGCCGUCUUCCCCCAGCCAUACUUCCGGAAAGGCGUGUACAUCGUCAUCGGCCUGUGCAUUUGUUAUUUUGUUUCGUACAUGUUCGUUCUCGGCUUCGAAUGCACCCCUGUGAACUUCUUUUGGGAGCAAUGGCGUGAUCCGACCGCAGGAACGUGUAUCAACAUCAACGCUGGAGGCUGGGCAGCCGCGGGCAUCAACAUCGGGCUUGACCUCGCAAUUCUCGCGCUGCCGGUGCCUGUCAUCCUCAAGCUCGAGAUCUCUCGGCAGCAGAAGCUCCAGAUCUUGAGCAUGUUUGGAGUGGGAUCGUUCAUCACCGUUGUCAGCUGCAUCAGACUUCAAUCACUGAUCAACUUUGCGAAGAAUUCCAACCUUACAUUUCACCUAGAACCAAUCUCUUUCUGGAGCUCCAUUGAACUGGACAUCAGCAUCGUCUGCGCAUGCAUGCCGGCCGCGCGGCUGUUCUUGCAGAGAGCCUGGCCAUCCAGAUUCGGGACGACCAAAUCCAACGCGGGCUCGUACAUCCGCCAGCCCAGUGUAUUCGAUGCGCCGCAUUAUCAGUCGCAGUUGCCGGAACGCAUGACUCGGAAUUACUCAGUGAAGUCCACCAAUGUGAACGUGUCACAGACUCAGCAACACAAUAACGACGUGGAGCUGAUGGAGUCCGACGGUUGGCGUGGGGCAUAUGUGCCGACGAGGGAUGCAAGACCAUGGUUGUCUAACCCUUGA